AUGAGUUCGAGCAAAAUUGACACCGUUUCCGAAUAUGUUCGCGACAACGAUAAACACGCUGCUACUUUGGACCACGCAUUUAAUGUUGCAGGUAUCGGCUGGUACAAUAUAAAGUACUGUUUGGUUUUGGCCAUGUUCCUGAUAUCUGCGAUCGUGGAGCCUUUCGGUUACUCUUAUGUAUUGCCUGCUGCAAAAUGCGAUCUCAACAUAACGGACGCGCAACGUGGUUUCCUCAGCUCUGUUCCGUUUAUAGGAAUUGUAUUGUCCUCAUUCCCCUGGGGAUAUUUGGUGGAUACGAAGGGGAGAAAGAUGACGGUUAUCUGCAGUUCGUUAGUCGGCGGCGGGCUAUCAAUCAUCUCCGCGUUCAUGCCGGACUUUAGCAGUUUUACAGUAUGCAAAGUUUUCGCCUCCCUGUGCAUCGCGUGUCCCGCCUCCGUGCCUUACACGUUUAUUGGCGAAAUCUUACCGCCGAAGUACAGAGACGUCACUCUGUCUAUAACUAACGCAAUGCAGAUAUUAGGAUCCGCCUUGGUCCCAUUACUCGCUUGGGCGAUUCUGCCGCUCGACUUCAGUGUAGAUUUUGGAGCAUACGACUUUCGUCCGUGGCGGCUUCUAACUAUAAUCUACGGAUCCACCUUCGUGUUAUCGUCUCUGCUGCUAUCGUGUGGCCCAGAGAGUCCAAAGUUUCUGUUGUCACAUGGCAGGCACGACGAAACACUCGAAAUACUGAAGACGAUAUAUUCUAAAAACAAGGGGAAAGCCCCUGACGAAUAUCCCAUAAAACAAUUACAAACGGAGGGAUAUGUUAAAAAAGAAAAAAUCGGAUUUAUUACUUCCUUGAAAGUGCAAUCAGCGCCGUUGUUUAAGCCACCAUACUUGAAAUGGAUGGCGCUUAACAGUUUCAUUUUCUUCGGUAUAUUUGCAACGUUGAAUGGACUCUACGUUUGGUUGCCAGACGUGUUGAACCGGGUUUUGACUGGAGAUGGCGAAGGACUCACUGCCUGCGAAGUAAUUGCUCAGCGGCUUAACGAAACUGGGUCAGACGUCGCUAUAUGCGACGACAGUAUUGACACGAUAACUUACCUCAUUAACUCCAUCGCGAACGUCUCCUGCGCUGUUAUUGCAAUCGCCGUCAGCAGUUCCGUCAAGAUCGUUGGCAAGAAGAAAUUGCUCCUGGCGGUGCUCACCCUCAUUGGCGUCUUCUGCAUUCUGACAAAUAUCGUGACCCAGGACAUACUGUUCGCCAUUUUCAUGUCGGCGAUACCGAUCGUUGGACUGGCGAUUGGUCCAGUAAACGCGUACGCUGUCGAAAUCUUCCCCACCCAACUACGGGGCAUGGCUGUAUCGUUAUCGAUGAUGAUCGGAAGGUGCGGAUCUAUAUUAGGGGCCAACGUCGCUGGAUUGCUUUUAAACGCCGCCUGCUCCGCCACUUUCUACAUGUUCGGAGGAUUGCUGAUUCUUUGCGCCUUGUCAUCAUUUCUGCUGCCAAAUUCCAAACGUGACGAGGUGAAAAAAGAAAUAAUAACAAGACUU